AUGUCCAUGUCCAUGACCCCUACCUCUGCCUCUAUGUCGAUGUCUUCAGCCUCCGCAUCACCAUCCGGCGGAAUGAGCAUGGGAGACAGCUCUUGCAAGAUCUCCAUGACCUGGAACUGGUAUACAGUCGGAGCCUGCUUCAUCUCCAAGUCAUGGCAGGUCAGCUCGGAUGGUAUCUUUGCCCUCUCCUGCAUCGGCGUCAUUCUGCUCGUCAUCGCCCUCGAGUUCCUACGCCGCGUCCAGCGGGAGUACGACAGCUGGAUCCGCCGCAAGGACCAGAAAACCUUCGCCCUGGCUGCCGCUGUUCGAAAUCGCGAGAACGCGGCGUGUGCUUCAUACGAGCAGGAAGCGGACCCUGGAAGGAAGACAGCCACGAACACGAGCAUGAGUCCGCCACUCCCGGAACGACCUCUCCUUCGUCGUCCGCAACGAUCGGUGGUCGAUGGAAUGACCCUCCUCCAACGCCAGUGCAUCCGCUCGCUCAUCCACAUGGUGCAGUUUGGAGUCGCGUACUUUAUCAUGCUGCUGGCCAUGUAUUAUAACGGUACAUCUUUUCUAUUCGUUUGA